AUGUCACCUCGCGGCACCCACACGGACGAGACAGCGGCAGAGGGCGGUACUAUCAAGGCGGCGAUUGUGUCCGGCUUGCUGAACUUCUUCCGCUUUGUGGAUGCAAACACGGCGGUGAUGGUGCAAGCAGGCAUAGGCGCUGCCAGAGAUUCGAAGAACUGGGUGACUAAGAACACCACCGCGGAGAUGUGGGCGGGGCUGCUACUGCUGCUCGGCUUGUUCGUCCUCCUCUCGGGCCCGAAGCCAGCACGUGCGGCCGCAGACAAGCAGAAGUAA